AUGGUGAAAGUCAGGCGCGGCUCCAACACCACCGAAAUUCACUUGCUGAGAUUUUGGAAGGCAAGAAAUGUGAGGAAAGGCACUGAGCUCAUGAGUCUAGACAUGCUCCUUAUCGACGAGAAUUCGACGGUUAUAAGUUUUGUUAAUGCGAACCGUCAAUUCAUGUUCAGGCAGCGUCUUAGUGAAGGCCAGUGUACAAGUUAA